AUCGAGGAACAGUCGUCGUCACAAAUCUCUUUAUGCAAAAUUUCACGCGUUAAUUAACAAUGCGAGUCGCGGCCUCAAUCGCCGAAAACACUUGCCUCAUCGUGUCGACUUGAAACUUCGCUCACGCUACCAGCGUAGUCGUCGGAAGUCGCGCCAUUUUCUGUGAAUCUAGAACCAUCGCGAUGGUUCGCUAGGCGCCCUUUGAGUAAGUGGAUGAGAAUACGCUAUGCUAUAUGCACACUGAACUGCUCAUUUCUCCAACGCAAGAAGCGACGAUAGCUACAUCAAAUAUGGAUCCUGAAUUCCUUGCGAGAUUAAUCCCUCAGAACAAGGAGCACGUGCGACCGGCCUGCAAAAAGUGCGGCUAUGCCGGACACUUAACCUAUCAGUGUCGCAAUUUCAUCAAAAUUGAUCCCAACAAAGAGAUUGUUUUGGAUGUAAGUAGUACGAGCUCAGACAGUGACGAGAACUAUGUUACCCCAUUGACGGAGUUGCGUGAGCGUGAACUGAAGGGGAAGUUAAAAGAGGCCAAGAGGAAACGAAAAGUGAAAAAGGAAGCUAAGAAAAAACGUAAGAAGCGUGAUAAAUCAGAAAGCAGCGAUAGCAGUGAAUCCGAGACAUCCAGCGAGAAAGAGGAGGAGAAAAAGAAGAAACACAAGCAUAAAAAGAAAAAGAAGAACUCAAAACAUAAAAAACGUAAGAAGCACAGAAAGGACAGUUCGUCAGAGAAUGACACAACAUAAAUCACAAACUUAGGAACUAUAUAUAAACUCUGUGUCUUGUGAAUGUAUUGAGUGAUAUGUGAUAAAAAAUGUGGACGUGAUUUUUGUACUAUUUUUAUAUAUUUUUAUUAAGGAGAGAUAAUGAGAGAAAUACUGACUCUUAUUAAUGUGUCCUGACGAAGUAUCCCUGUCAGUGUUCUAUCAAUGUAUCCUGUCAGUAUCCUGUCAGUAUCCUGUCAAUGAAAUAUUUAUUUCUAUCAAUAUUGACUCUAGUUUGUGUUUAUAAAUAUAAACUACAGUUUUCAAAUAUAUAGUUAUGCAGAACGUUAUCAUA